GGGUAGAAGACCUUUCGACUUUUAAUUCAACCAUGGAAGGGAGUGCAUGUGUAUAAAUACGUUGCAUGUGUAUUAUAGACUAUAUUCAGUGCAAUGAAUACAGAAGUGCGAUGUCCAUUUCCCUACGACCCUACAACUGAAAAAAUCGCGGUUUGUCCGUAUGACAAGUCGCAUAUUAUGUUGGCGCAUCGCUUAGGGCGUCACAUAUUCAAAUCACACAAAGAGUACCGGAGGUUAGAAUUCCCGGUACGACAUGAAACGACAAGGGAACAUCACCAGCAGCAGGAGGAACCCGGUGGAUCAAAAGAAACAAAGGAGCAGCAGGAGUACCCGGGUGGGUGGUCGACGGAGUGGGACGGCGAGGAGGUCGCUAGGUUAAAACUUAGUGACCCAACCUACCCCAAAAUCCUCGGAGAAAACUCAUUUCUCUCCUACAGCGUCUGCAGAGUGUGCAAUUUUGUCCUAUACGCUAGCGCAUGCGACCAGUAA